AUGUUUUUUAAAUAAAAGGAGUGUUUUCUUUUACUCAUUUUUUGUCUCCAAGUCUUUGCAACCUUGAGAUUAUUAGAUUUGAGUUUUACAGACAAUAAUAUUUAAAAUAAUAAUUAGAUUAUGGCAAGGACUUGCACAAAUGCUGUUUAAGUCUCAUUCUAAACAAAAAACUGUAAUUAGAAUCCACUAAAUUAUGUUCAAUUGACAAGAAAUUAAGAAUAUAUAUCUAAAUCUUUCCAAUGUAGGAGCUUUUAAGUUUAAAUAGUUUUAGAUGUCUUUUUUAUUGAAGCAGAUCUCUCAAAUUCCAAAUUUAAGGUGAGUUUAUAAAAUUCAGCUAAUGAAUAAGUAAUUUAUAGUAGAAUUUAUAAAAGAGAUGACUUGACAUAAAAUAGUGGAAUGAUUUGUAAUAAUUUUUUUGAUGAUUUUGAAUUUCUUACAAUAUCAAGUACAAUUAAUAAUUUAGACGCUAAAGACUUUGUAAUUAACAUUUGUUUUGAUCCUGAUGAUCCAGAUAUGGAAAUAGGGAUUAGAAAUAUGUUAAUAUAUGAUUCCUGUUAUCCAACUUGUUUAACUUGCAAUGGUCCUUCCAAAACAGAUUAUUUAACUUGUUUUGAUAAUUAAAGUGUAUAGAGCGGAUAAUGCUUAUGUAUUUCUGAAUAAUAAUAUUCUGAAACAGAUAUUGGUUGUCGUCAAGAAUGCGAUAGAGAUUAUUCGAUAGCUAACUAAGAUAAAAUUUGUGUAUAAGACAACAGAAUUAAAUCAAAAUUUACAUUAUUUGAUAAUAGUGUUAUUCCUUUAUCAAAUUAAGAUAGAUAUUAACCUUUUAUUUUUCUUGCAGAUAUAUUUCAUCCUAAAAACACUGAUUUAAUUUACGAAAAUUGUAAUGGAAUUAGUUUUAUUGGCAAGUUUUAAUUUAGUGAAGGUAUGUUGUAUUAAAUGGAUUUAUAAAAUUCAGUCAAAUUUCUAAGAAUUCGUCUUACUUUUUAUUUGUUUGAUUUUCAAGAAUCAAGUAAAAUCGAAAUCAUAUAUGAUAAUCAAAUUUAUUCUAGAAUAAUAAAACUGCAACAGGUUUUUUAUAUGAAAAUAUGAAUAAUAUUUUUGUAAAGAAUGAUAUCUGUGAAACCAGUUUUACAUUAUUAAGAAUAGAAAUUAUUUAUUCACUCUUUAAUUCUUAUCCAGCAAUUAAAAUUUAAGGAUAACUUUAAGAAGUAAGUGAAUCUUGGGGAUUUAGAAAUGUUACUGUUGAUACAGGAUUUUGUUAAAUGAAUUGUGUGACUUGUUUAGAUAAUUCGAAAUGUUCAUCAUGUGAAAUAGGUUAUUAAUUAUAUAGAAAUCAAUGUGUUUAGUAAUUUCCUAUUCAUUCAUCUAAUUGUAUUGAUUAUGAAGAUAUUAUUCAAUGUAAAUUAUUAUUAUUUCAUUGUUAGAUAUUUAGUGAAAGGAUUUUACAAUUUAAAUAUGACUCUGGAAGAAAUAAGUUCAUAUUAUGAUACUUUUUCAACUCUAUCUUAAAAUUUUGCGACAUAAUAAAAAUUUUCAUUUUUAAAUAAUAAAAUAGUCUUAGGCGGUUUGUUAGUUUGGAAUGAUGGAUCUUUUACAAAAACAUGGAUAAUAUAAAAACCUCAUUACGCAGUAUCAAUAUAUUUUAAUUUAACUUAUGGUGAUGGAUACACUGGAUCGUUUUAUUAUAAGGUAGGCUCACCAACAAAUGGCUAUUAAGGACCUUAUAAUAAUCCUGGAGGAGGAUAAAAUUUGAUUGGCCGUUUAAGUUUAGAAAAUACUCGCUUCUUUUAGAUUCAUUUGGAUAAUUUUUAAAAUAAUAAUUUAUUCAUAGAAUUAAAAUGUUAGGCCAUUUCAGCAAACAUUAAAUAAGGUUUUUGUGCAAUAUCAGACUACUUUAUUAUUGUUCAUUAUGUAUUUGAUAAUUAUAUUGAAGUGUCCUCCAUUUUGUUAAGAUUGCAUAAGUUCAAGUAUAUGUACAACUUGGUAGUCAGGUUAUACUAGUUCAAGUUGCUAAAGUAAUUAAUAUUUGAAUUUUGAUCAAUAAACAGAAACAUACAGUUGCAAUAAUUGCGUUUAGUCUAGUUGUAGUAUUUGUAUUAGUGCAGAUGAAUGUGUUUAAUGCUUUAGUGAUUAAUUUUAGUUAACCAAUGGAAUCUGUUUGUGCAAGCCAUUCACUUAUUUAUUAGGAAAUACUUGCAUUUAGUGCAAUAGAUACUGUGAAAGCUGUUUUGGUGCUACUUCAUUAAAUUGUCUCUCAUGUAUUAAAGAAUUUCACAGAAGCAUUUAAUAAAAUUAAUGUUUAUGCAAUCCUGGAUAUUAUGAUGAUGGAAUAAAUCUAAUAUGUCUUCCAAAAUGUGGAGAUUAAAUAAUAGUUGAAGAAGAAGAUUGUGAUGAUGGUAACAAUGAUCCAUUUGAUGGAUGUUAUUAAUGUUAAUUUAUUUGUUAAGAAGAAUGCAAGGUUUGCCUUUAUGGUAAAUGUUAUUCAUGCAAAGAUAAUUAUUACUUAGUUGAAGCAAUCAAUAAAUGUAAACCAAUUUGUGGAGAUUUAAUAAUGAUAAUUAAUGAACAGUGUGAUGAUAGUAAUAAUCAUGUUUUUGAUGGGUGUCAUCAUUGCAAAUUAUAAUGUUACGCUCAUUGUCUUAAAUGUAACUAAGGGAUCUGCGAAAAAUGUGAUGAGUAAAAUGGCUGGUAUUUAACAGGUGUUAAUUGUGAAUUUAUAUGCGGAGAUGGAAUUCUAGCAGAAAGAUAAGAACAAUGUGAUGACUCAAAUUUGAACCCUUUUGAUUUAUGCUAUUUGUGUGAAUAAGAAUGUUCAUAACACUGUAUAUUUUGCCAAAUUGGAUAUUGUCUUGAAUGUGAAAUCGGCUUUUAGUAUGUUGAUGAAAAUAGAUAAUGCAUUCAAAUUUGUGGUGAUAAUUUAAUUGUUGAAAAUGAAUAAUGUGAAGAUCAUAUGUUAUAAUUUUUUUAAAUAUGUGAAAAUUGUUAAUUUAAAUGUAAUCAUAAUUGCAAUAUGUGUAAUUUUGGUAAAUGCCAAUAAUGUAAAGUUGGGUAUACUUUAAUAAAUAAUGAAUGCAUAGAAAUUUGUGGGGAUGGGUAUGUAGUUGGAACUGAAGUUUGUGAUAAAUUAAUUUAAAAUAUCAACUCUGAUUGCUAUAACUGUAAUCACAAUUGUCGAAGUGGCUGUUUAGUUUGCAAUUAUGGUAUAUGUCAAAUUUGUAAAGUUGGAUACUUUUUAGAAUAAUUUUAAUGUAAACCAAGUUGUGGUGAUUAAUUAAUUGUGGAUUUAGAGUAAUGUGAUGAUGGAAAUUUAAUACCGUAUGAUGGAUGUCAUAAUUGCAACUAUUCUUGCGAAAUUAAUUGCAAAGUAUGCUUAUUUGGGUAGUGUACAGAAAUGGAUGAACCAAAUAUAAUAGAUAUCGACAAUGAAGAUCCUAAUUCGAUUACCUUUGAUUGUAUUCCAGAUUGUAAAAUUUGUAAUUAGAAUAAUAUUUGUUUGGAUUGUGGUCAGCAUUUUCAAUUAAUAAAUUCUAAAUGUGUUCCUAUAUGUGGGGAUGGUAUUAUUAUAGAGGGAUUAGAAGAAUGUGAUGAUGGUAAUAAUUUACCAGAUGAUGGAUGCUUUGAAUGCUAAUUUUAAUGCUCUGAUGGUUGCGUUGAAUGCCAAAAAAAUUCAUGUAAGAAAUGUGAUAAAGAAUAAUUCAUUUUGGAUAUUUAAACAGGUAAAUGUUUAGAAAAAAACUAUGAUUAAAAUAAUAAUGACACUGAUUAUUCAAUAUCAGAGUUUCAGUAUUAUACAAAUUUUAGAUGUGGAGAAAAUUAAUUACUAAUUGAUAAUGUGUGUGUUAAUUAGUGCGGAAAUGGUAUCCUUGUCAAUCAUUAUGAAGAAUGUGAUGAUGGAAACAGCUUGGGAGGAGAUGGAUGCUCUUCUUUUUGUAAUAUAGAAAAUUCUUAUAAAUGCAUAAAUAGAGACGGUUCAUUAAGUUUAUGUUCUUUUAUCAAGGCUCCAGAGUUUAUCCUCAAUAUUUUAUCAGAUAAAAUGAAUUCAACUUAAAUAGUAGAAUUAACUUUCACAUAAUAGGUUAAAUUAUAUUCAGAAUUAAUGUUCGAAGAAAUUGCAUUUUUUACUUUUACUUCUAAAACUCAAUAUUUAUUAUCAGUCAGUUAUAUUUAAAAUAUUUCAAUACAUUUAAGUUAUCCUAAAUAUUAAAUUUUAAUAGAAUUUAUUGAACCCUUAGUAGAUCCUAUACUAUAAGUUGAUAUAGCGAAAUCGAUUAUACAGAAUUCAUAUGAAUAAGAUUUAUAGGAUCAUUAAAAAAUGAUUGUUCUUGGCACUCCUUUUGUGCUACCUGAAACAGCUAAAAAAUAAUUAACAUCCAUCGUUUAAAUUAAUGAUGUUAUGUUGUAUUCGAUGGCAAGUGUAUCAGGCUUGGCUUUGCUAACUGGAAAUGCUAUUAUGUUCUUUAAUCUAUUAGAUUUAUUGUAGUCCUUAUCUUAUAUUAAGUAUAUGCAAUAUCAAUUUCCACCACAUGUAACAGAAUUUUUGAAUACUUAUACAAAAGUUUCAUUAUAACCUAUCAUGAAUUAUUUUUAAGUAGAUUAAUUAUUGGCAAAGCUAAAUGGCGGAACUCUUCCAUAUCAAAUUAGCAAUAAAUCGCAAAAAAAAACUCCUGUAAAUUCUUUAAAUUAAAUUUAUUUAAUAAAUGCAAAAAGUUGUUAUUUUUCUAUCUUUGCAUCCAUAAUCACUUAUCUAAUCUAUAAUAUAUUAGUGUCUGAAACUUUAUAAAGUUUAGUAUCUAAACUCUAGACAAAGUAUAAACAAAAUUCUAAAAUCCUAAAACUUAUACAUUUUUUUUAAGAGAAGAUUUAGAAAAAGUGCUUAAAGUUAAAAUUUGA